GAGUAUGUUUUAGUUUUCGGCCAAAAUCCCCCUGUAGGGGGACAUGCCCGACCUAAGCCUGGUGGAAGCGUCGCUCGCCCCUGUCCCAGCCUUACCUUGGCGGGCUGUUCGAUGGCGAUUGGGGCAAGCUCGAGCGGAGCUCCACUUGGCAGGAGGUGCCGGGCGAGGAGCUGCUGGAGGUGGAGGCGACGCAUGAGGCGGGAGGCAGCAGUCCAGGGAGCAGAAGGAAAUCGAGCUUGCGGAGGUCACGCGGAGGAGGGCCCGGCAGGCGGCAAAGUCCGUGGAUUUCUCGAAGCAGCUCGGUCUCAAGCACGAGGAGGCGCAAGCCAUGGCAGAGGAGUUGAAGGCGUCCGUCGCCGCGUCGGCCGCAGCGAUCGAGGAGGCGGAGGGCGGCGCCCGCGGCGGAGCGCGAUGGUUUCGCCCAGGAGCUCACGGAGAGCAGGUCUGCGGCCUGGCUGCUCAAGGGCGCGGCAAAGCUCGCGACACUGAGCGGGGAGCAUGGCGACGGAAACUCGACACGUCGGGGGCGCUGAAGGGCGUCGAGCUGACGUCCGAGGCACUGGUCAGCGAGGUCACGGAGCCGAAGGCGAUGGCACGGGCGCCCAGGGCGGAGCUCGGCCACUCCCGCAUGGCCACCGGGCAGCUGGAGGACGGGGCCGCGCGGGCGCUUGCCGCGGCGAGCGCGGCGGUCGGCGGCCCCCCUCCUCGCGCCCGGCUGCGCCGCUGCCCGGGCGCCCGAGCGUUUUUGCAGAGGUCUGCACGGGAGGCUUCUCCCGCCGCGGCUGCGCAGGCCGCCUCCCUGUCAGGCCCGAGCACGCCCGCCUCGCCCCAUGGCACCCGGCAGGGGUGCUGGGGCGUGGAAGGCCCGGCGGCGGAGAUUGGCCACAGGCGCGCCCUGCCCCACCCCCCCCUUCGUCGGGGUGUGGCUGGCGGCCAGGUGCGGAGAUUCGGCCACCUGUCCGAGGCACGCCUCUUGCACUCGACCUGCUCCCGCUCAUCCUGACCCGUUCGGCACUACUCUUCUCUACGCCACCCUGCUUCCUCUGUUCUGCUCCAACUCGAUGUUUUUUCUGAUGUCUGAAACGUUGCGCUACUCCAU